AUGUCGGAAAAUGUGAACUUGCUUCUUGUUGGGCGAACAGGUAAUGGAAAGAGUUCCACAGGGAAUUCAAUACUUGGCCGCACGGAGUUCAAGAUCACUGUAGUAGAUGGGCCCGGAAUCGGGGACGCUAGUCUGGAUGACCCAGACCAGGUGGCUAAAACAAUAGAUUUGACUAAGCAGGCCCUUGAAUACUGUCCUGACGGGUUCAGUGCCGUACUGGUAGUUCUGAAAUACGGCGAGAUAUUCACGAAACAAGAAAAAGACGCUGUGCAAACUGUGAAGGCUAUUUUAGGAUCUCAUGUUCUAGCGAGUCAUGGGGUGAUUGUCAUGACACGGGGAGAAAACUUUGAGACUGACCAAGAAGAAGAUCACCUGUCUUUUAAAGAUUGGUGUGGACAACAAACUGGCGACAUUGCUAAAAUAUUGACCGAAUGUAAAGGAAGAUUUGUGCUGUUUAGUAACAGGACAAAGGAAAAGACAAAGUUAGACGAACAGCGCCUGGAACUGUUGAAACAAGUUGACAGAUGCCAGUCUGUUCCCUACAUGAAGCAGAAUUAUGACGCCGCCAAGGCGGAUCGCCACCGAUUGAAAGUCUCUAGUAAACUGGCUAUCAUGGAAGAAAAGAAUGGGAAGAUUGUCAAGAAAAUGACCGCUGCUAUAAAUAAAUUGGAUAUUUCCAGACAGCCAGGUGAAGCAAUAAGAAAGUUGAACCGCCUUGAAAGCGAUCUGAACAAACACAAAGGGGAGCUGCUGACACAGACAAAAGGUACAGGUAUGGGCCAGAGUCUGUUUAUUGAGCUCGAUGUUGUGGCGAUGUCUCUCACCACUAAACGUCAACUGGCAGAGUCCUAUCAGCAGCUGCACGAGAAGGAUGAACACGAGGCAACUAAACAUAAACACGCGGACACCUGUCAGCAGCAAGUGGAGGCCAGUAAAAAAGACAUGACAAGACAAGCUCAACAAGAGCCCAAUUCUAGGCCAGACCACAGGCAGGCGAACACGGUAACAACUGUGUGCAUGUUGAGUGUAGUUGUGAUGUUGAGUGUUGUGAUGCUGAGUGUUGUGAAAAGUUGUGAUGUUGCGUGUUUUAAGCGUUGUGAUCUUGAGUGUUAA